CGUCCUUCCUGCAUGGACGAUAGCCCGAUGCGCAUUACCUGUACAACUGAAACCCUAAGCAUAAGAUGAAGUAAUAUGGUCAACGACCUGAAUCACUUGCUUGUGGGGGGAGUCACGUUUACUUCAGUUAACGUUACGUGCGAAUCAAGCCUUCCUUUAACGUUGAGCUCAGGGGAAAGUAAACCCUCAUCCACAGCUCAGCCGGUUAGCUAAACAGCUUGACAGUUAUUUGACAGCUCGCUCCGGUUUCUACGUCUGGUUUAUGUACGACGGUAGUGAAAGUUGACGACGUGUCAUCUACCAAGUAACUCAAUUUAAAGUUCAAGUCAACUAUAUAUUUUCAGACAAAAUUAUUUUUUACUAAAUUUCUGUAUUUAGCAUUUGAGCUGUUUUGCUAUCUGACUAUUGCUAACGGCGAACUAGCAACUUGUUAUGACGUUAGCUGGCUAGCGUUAGCAACAUGGAUCCUCCUAGCACCAUUAUAGCUAGCUGUCUUUAGCUACACUUUCUUCAGAUUUCAAGCUACGUAAAUAUAUUUUCUAAUAUUUCUCUUAUUAGCCAGCGUUUCGUGGUCGGGGUUUGUUCUUCUAAUCAGGGUAGCCUCAACCGCUAUUGUUCAUCGAGGUUCAGCUGCAGCUCGCUGCUUCUAUUGUUUACACGGAAACGGUGGAUGUAAGUGAACUAUGGGCAUGUGGUGCGAGUAACAAUACUGGAUCAGCCACAGGACAACUAAAGUGGACCUCUGGAAAUGGGGCUGGGAGCAGGGUAACGUCUGUCCACCACUACUCUGCAGCCGACUCAUAUCUGGAUCAGGAUGAUCGGGGCAUUGAAGGAGGACAGCUGUGACUGCUGGACUGUUUGACUUUGUGCAGGCGUUGGACAAAGGACAGGAGUUUGGUUGUCCGUAUUUAAAGCUUAGGUUAAGAAGGGGAAUAAACUGUGUUGGGAUCUGAUCCACACAUCUGGCCCUGGGAUGUUGCUGAGUACCUUACUGAUCACCAGUCUUCUUGGCUGGGCGAGAUGUCAAGAGAGCCAGAGCAUGACGCCAGAGGAGAAGACUGUUAUCAGGGACCAGAUUAUUGAAAUGUUUGACCACGCUUACGGCAGUUACAUGAAAUAUGCCUAUCCAGCAGAUGAGCUCAUGCCUCUGAGCUGCAGGGGGAGAGUCCGUGGCCAGGAGCCCAAUAGAGGAGACAUAGAUGACUCCUUGGGGAAGUUUUCCCUCACGCUGAUUGACACCCUUGAUACCCUGGUGGUGUUAAACAAGCUUGAUGAGUUUGAGGACGCAGUGAGGAAGGCCAUGACAGAUGUACGCCUUGACAACGAUGUUGUGGUGUCCGUGUUUGAGACCAACAUCCGAGUUUUAGGAGGGCUUUUGGGAGCCCAUGUGAUGGCCGACCUGCUACGGCAGCGCGGGGGGAGGAUGCAGUGGUAUCGUGAUGAGCUCCUGCACAUGGCCAAAGAGCUGGGCCAUCGAUUACUGCCUGCCUUUAACACCACAAGUGGCCUUCCCUACCCUAAGGUGAAUCUGCGGUACGGAGUCCUAAACCCACUUUCACGCACAGGCACAGAAUCGGACACCUGCACAGCGUGCGCUGGAACAAUGAUCCUGGAGUUUGCUGCUCUCAGCCGACUUUCGGGAGAUUCUAUUUUUGAGGAGCAUGCGAGGAAGGCUCUGGAUGUCCUUUGGCAGAGGAGACAGAAGGGAAGUGACUUGGUGGGGACCGUCAUCAAUAUCCAUAAUGAAGAAUGGGUCCGGAGAGAGAGUGGCGUUGGUGCUGGUAUCGACUCAUAUUAUGAAUAUCUGAUGAAAGCCUACAUUCUUCUAGGAGAUAAUGUUUUUCUGGACAGGUUCAACAUUCACUACAGUGCCAUUAUGAAGUACAUCAGUCAGCCUCCCCUGCUGCUCAAUGUACACAUGCACAACCCCACUGUGAGCGUGCGCAGCUGGAUGGACUCUCUCCUGGCAUUCUUCCCUGGCUUACAGGUUUUGAGGGGAGACCUGAAGCCAGCGAUUGAGACUCAUGAAAUGCUUUAUCAAGUCACCAAGCAGCACAAGUUCCUUCCAGAGGCUUUCACCACAGAGUUCAGAGUUCACUGGGGCCAACACCUGCUGAGACCAGAGUUUGCAGAAAGCACCUACUACCUCUACAAGGCCACCGGCGACCCUUACUACCUCAGAGUGGGACAGUCCAUUGUGGAAAAGCUCAACGCUUACGCCAGGGUGCCUUGCGGGUUUGCCGCUGUGCAAGAUGUCCGCACCGGGACGCAUGAAGACAGGAUGGACUCCUUCUUUCUGGCUGAGAUGUUCAAAUACCUGUACCUGCUGUUUACGGAUAAGAGUCAGCUGCCCAUCGACAUCGACGACUACAUCUUCACAACGGAGGCUCACCUCCUCCCCGUGUCGCUCUCCACCACCCAGCCGCCCUGUCGGGGCAACAAUACGGAGACUGUUCCUGUUUCUAAAGAAGAAGAUCUGUUCACACACACCUGCCCAAGCAUGGAGACGUUGUUUCCCAACAACCCCUCGUUCGCCAAAACCAUACGGGACAGCUACAAGUACCUCACCGGGGUGGGACGAGCCUUCCACCCCCUACCUAUCAGGGAAAUUGAACUGCCGCUCCACGAUAACGGGAUGGAGCCUGUGGAGUUCUUGAAAAGCAUGGGUAUCUCCCUCACCCCGCUGAAUGAGGUUUUUGCAGGACACAGCGGAAGUCUGAAGGAGCAUAAAGGAGUGUACCGGGUAAAGCUCGUGGCGGAGGUGAGCCACACCGCGGAGGAGGAUGAAGUGAUGCCUCAUGUUGUUCAGCUCAUAUCCCCCCCGUUCCUGGGGAGGACCGUCCUCACAGCGGGACCUGCCAAGUUUGGGUUGGACCUCACCAAGCAGGAGCACGGGGUGAAGGGCAGCAUUGUGAAGGCGUCUCCCUACACUGCGUGUGAGCCAAUAGACGGUGCAGUGGACCUCAAGGGGCAUAUCGCUCUGGCGCUGCGCGGUGAAUGCAUGUUUGUUGUAAAGGCCCGUUGGCUGCAGCAAGCAGGGGCCAUAGGAGUCAUCUUCAUAGAUCACCGCGAGGGAAGUAACAGCCAGGAUACUCCCCUCUUCCAGAUGGUCGGAGAUGGCGACUCCACUAAAGACAUCACGCUGCCUUUUGUCUUCCUGUUCAGCCGCGAGGGCGCCGUGCUCACGGCAGCUCUGGAGGAACAUCACAACGUGGACGUGCUGUUGCUGCCCAAGGAGAGGCAGCUGGGGCACGAUAAGACAGAAAAACCCGUCGGCAUGAAUAUCAAACUCCGUCUGGCAGAGGACGGGGAGCUGGAGGACGGACCGGCCAGAGGGCCCACCUUGGAGUUUGUCUUGGAAAACCAGGAGCUGUUUCUGAAGGAGGAGGAGGAGGAAGAAGAAGAGCCGGGAGGUCCCCAAAAACCACAGCAGGGCCAGUUCGGCUCAAAGGCGUCGGACCAAUCUAAACAGUGUUCAGCAGAUUCCUCUCAAUCGGCAAACUCUGACCGCGGACCAGACGCGAGCCCUUGACCACCGCUCACCCCGACGCGCUCACGAUUCCCUGACACUGAUUUGUCAUCAGUUUUCCUAACGGCGUGCACCUCAGAGCCCAUCACUGCCUACGUGGAGCCCUACCUGACCCCGCCUGCAUGUUUACACCCGACGGAGGAGAGGAGAGCAGCGUGAUGGCCACAUUCACUUCUUGACUUGAGCUAAAGAUGAAACUGCAUUUACUGGACCGUGAAUGCCGUACCUUGAUGAUGAUGCUUUUACUGACAUUACGGCAACAAGGCACGUCAAGAGACUAAACUAGGUAGUUAAAGGCCAAAAGCUGUAGGGUGAGAUGGCUUGGCUGGUGGCGCCCCCACCCAGCCUGAAGUAUCGCUCGGCACAAACGAGUGUUUGUGAUGACGAGAACAGAUCACAGACUAGAAUAAAAAAAUAAGAACUCACAUUAGAGGAGGACAUAAAAAGAGGCAAACAUGUAGUCUGCUAGGUUUUUAUGCAAGGCAGUAUGUUUUUAGAAUGUUGCUUGGCCAGUAGGUUGCGUUGGCCAUUGUAGCCUCUCGAUAAUAUAAUGUUAGAAGAUGGAGAUUAGCUGGGGGCCAAUUUGGAACGUUUCUUUUCUUCUGUAGGAGUAAACAUGUUCAGGGAAAUUCAAGAGUGAAUGCAGUCUGCAAGAAUGACCCCUUUGAUGAAAUGUUAGGGGUUGUUCUGCAGUGUGUGUGUGUGUGUGUACACAUUGCUGAUAAAACCUUUCCUUUUCUCUAUUUUUUUCCCCCAAAAGUCAUCAACCAAUCGUGGAUUUUAGGAAAUCAAGUCUGCAUUUUUCAGACGGUAAAACACUUUUUAUUCAUUCCUCAAAUGUAAUAUAUCACGCCAUCUUAAACCAUUGUAAAGAAAUUGCAGCUGAAGUCGUCAUGCAAGGCUUUAGUUACGGAUGCAGCGUCACUGGUUGGUCUGCAGUCCCAGACUGCUUUGCACUUUGAGUCACGGGUACGAUGAUCGUCUGUCAGUUUGUGUGUUUAUGCAAUAAGUGAUUCAUCAACUGUUUUACAUUGUGCACUGACGCAAUGUUUGUAGCCACCUAUAUGGACUCUGCAAGGAUCGUUUGAAAACCAAAAAACGACAUUCUAGUAUUUAGUGAGUCAUCCGUUGAGAUUACUGUAGUGCUAACAAUGUUUUUUUUUUUCAUUAACUGAAAUGGCAACAGUCAAACUGGAAAGGCCUUUUUUUAAUCCUGUGCAUUGUUUUCAGAGCAUGAUGGCAUCAGUUGUCUCACUCGACACAAACUGAACCAUAUAUUAUUAGGAAUUACUUCAUAUAUCCAUUGCAUAAUAUGCAGAGCUCUUAUCAGCUCAUAUUCCCUUCAUUCUCACUUUGUCACUAAUUAUUUUCUGUGGAAAGUAUAUGUGAAGCUUAUGUUUAUGUGGGGAAAACACCUUUUUAUGCCAGUGUAUGUUCUUUUAUGUUUUUGAUGCUGCUGAGUUCAUUCUAUGUCUUAAUCCAGCAUUUUCUCUUCUUGUUCUGUUAAGCCAUCAUGCCUCAGGACUGUUCCAGUUGCUGCAGAGAAAAUAAUUAUGGGUUUCUUUUUUUUUUUUAAACAAUAUCUAGUUUGCCAUGCUAUUUAAUUUUCAGCUGUAGGUUUUUCUGUAAGUCAGUGGCUGAAGGAAAGUGCCAAAAAUAAUGCAUGAGGUGGCUCCAGUUUCCGUUUCACAUCUUCUCUAUUUUCCAACUGAGCCAGUGCAGACCUGUCAAUAAAUCUGAUAUCACAUCUA